AUGCUUUGGGGUGAAAGUGCAUCAAGUGAAAUAAAACAGUUUGAUAUAGAUCUUUGGAUCAAACAAGCAGAAAAGAUCUUGGAUGAUGAUUUUACACAAGCAAUGAUUAACAUUGAGGGUGAACAUGAAGCUAGUCCAAUCUUCACUGAUUUUAAUUAUCUUUUUCUGUCACCUCCUCCUUUGAAUUAG